CAAAUAAAUAGAGAAUAAGAGCAAUAAUAAAAAUGAUGUUGAAGUCAUCAACAUUUUGUGUGUUAUUUAUGCACACAUCAACGCAAUGACCUUUAAGCAGACAUUUAUCUGCAUUAAUUGCGGAUGUGAAGUAAAGGAGUUAUAUAAAAAGUAUAGCAAUGUUGUUAAGACUGUGAAUUGUGAAAAAUGUCACAAAGUCGUUGAUAAAUAUGUUGAAUUUGAGCCGGUUAUCAUAUUGUUGGAUACGGUACUGCUGUCACAGCAAGCGUAUAGGCACAUUUUGUAUAACAGGGACUUUAAGCUUUUUUGGAAAUUGUCUUUGAUGUUACUAUUGUUAGAAUCGUUUGCACUGUGGCGGGAAAAACGUGAGCAGCCAGUCGUUAGGCAAAAAGCCAAUACCAUCUACGAGCAGGGAUUUUACAUAUGUUGCUUCCAAAACAUAAUCGAUAAUCUGCUAUGCACAGUGCUAUUGUUCACCUUUACGUUAUUGCUGCGUACUAAGUGGGUGCUGGAGAUGGACAUGAAACGACUUAUGUUUACACUGCUAAAGGCUAAUACAUUAGCGAAUUUCUCCAAGUUUUUCCUAUUGCCGAUAAUCUUGUGGCGUGAAAAUACAACCGAAUUUGAUAUCAAUCUGCAUCGGAUUAUUGUAAUGGCUCAUCAUUUGUGUUCGCAGACUUUUGUAUAUGUAAUUGUUAGCCGUCUAGCUAGACUACGUGCAUUUAUUAUAAUAAUUUCGACAUAUUUUGUUAAAAAAUUUCUAUUACAAUAUGCUAUGAAUAUUUUGGAGCAUCGAUUAACGCAAUGACUUUAUUCAUUUGUCUUUUCAUUCAUUUAAUUGCUCGUCUCUUUUCUUCUUUUUAUUUUUUUUUUUUGUUUUUUAA